GUUAAGCCCAGCUUCGAGAUACAAAUCGAAAUUAAGACUAGCUUCGAGUUACAACUCGAAAUUAACGGUAAUUUCAAGUUAUAACUCGAAAUUAAGGUCAGCUUCGAGUUACAACUCGAAAUUAACGGAAAUUUCGAGUUACAACACGAAAUUAAGAUUAGCUUCGAGUUGUAACCCGAAAUUACGUUUGAGUUCCCGUUAUUAUACUCUGUAUUAAUCCAAUCCCGGUUACUAAUUGUUCAGAGUUGACAGUUAGUGGCGAUUGUGUUUUAAAUGCGGUAUCGUGGUACUACUUUGUCCAAAUGGAAGAACUGAUCUCAUUUUAUUUUCGUAUGGGUUUACAACAGUGCGAAAUAGUGUCUUGUUUGGCGUUAAAUCAUAGCAUAUUUAUUAGUGAUCGCCACCUUAGACGUUUGCUGAGAAAACUAAAUUUAUUCAGAAGACAGAAUUACUCGGAUAUAACCGAUGUGGCAAACUUUAUUGAAAACAGUGUUCACCAGCACAGCCAACUCCAUGGGUAUCGGUGGAUGUAUUUAAAAUGCUUGCAGGCCCAUUUCGUUGUGACACAAGAAGUUGUGAGACUGUUACUUCACAUUAUUGAUCCGGUAGGUGUAGAUAUUCGCACUAGACGUAGAUUACGUCGUAGGCAAUAUAAGAAUAAAGGACCUAACUUUCUAUGGCAUAUGGACUGUUAUGAUAAACUAAAGCCAUUUGGUAUAUGUAUUAGCGGAUGCAUCGACGGAUUUUCUAGGCGAAUAAUGUGGCUGUAUGCCGGGAACAAUACUAGCGAUCCAAGUGUGAUAGCAGCCUACUAUUUGCUAACAUUAAAGUCAAUUGGAGGUUGUCCUAGAACUGUAAGGGCUGACAUGGGCACUGAAAAUGGCUUAGUCAAAGAAAUUCAAAUUAAUUUAAGAAACCAGGCUUUAACGGAUGAUGGGCAUAGUCUACUGCCUCCUUUUCUGUAUGGAAAAAGUACAUCAAAUCAAAGAAUAGAGUCGUGGUGGUCAAUUUUAAGAAAACAUCAUUCACAGUUCUGGCUUAACCUAUUUCAUAAACUGCGAGAGGAUGGUAAUUUUUCUGGAGACUUUCUGGAUAAAAACUUGAUACAAUUCUGUUUUCUAAAGAUUAUACAGGAUGAACUGGACACGGUGGCCUUAGAAUGGAACUUGCACAGAAUAUCGGGAUCAAGAAACAGUGUUUCGCCAAGAGGUCGACCAUUCACCUUGUAUCAUAUGCCUCAAAUUUACGAUACUACAGACAACAUUUGUCACAUUCCAAUUAAUGAAAUUUCAAACUUUGAUGAAUUCUGUGCAUUUCCAUCCAACUGUCCUUGUGACAGAGAUGUUUAUGAAUUAAGCGUGAUUUUAAUGAUUGAAAAUGAUUUGCACUUGGCUAGGAAUGCACACGAUGCCACAGAUUUAUAUUUAUAUCUACGAGCGAAGAUAGUGGAUCUUAUGAUUUAAUACAACGGUGUAUUGGUUAUCACACAGUGUAUGUCGAUUAUUUUACUUUAUUCACAUACAUUCACAUAUAUCGUUUUUAUAAUUAUA